CCCAAUGUCAGCUGGGAUUGGCUCCAGCCCCCACAACCCUGUACGCAGGAUGGAUGUUACAGGGUAAGGCCUUAUAAAAGAGGGUCUGUCAUGCACCGACGCUAUCAAGAGUGCAAAAGGAACAGGAGCCGAAAAAGGAAUGGAGAUGAGCAGAAUAUGAUAUGCAAUUCCUGGCAUUUCUAUGGUUGUUAGAGAGGAUCAAGAUGGCGGCAAGGAGAUUCUUGGACAUUGUAGACACAUCAGGAGAAGAAAUAGUCAGUAAACUGAGGGAAGGAUUUACACCAUCUCAGACAACUGAGUCUGAGUCAUAGAACGGACAAUGCAUUGAAUGGGAGUACUUCGGGUGGUCACUGUAAAUUUAUUGCACUGGGGAAACUAUUUCAUCCAGUAGGUGGCGGUAAUGCAACAUUUUGGAUGUCAACCGCCAUAAAACCACAAAGAAGAAGAAGAAAGCUGCGGUAUUAUCUGCACAUCUCUACUGUUGAUACGGGGGUUAAACUUCAUGUGUUUGUGUUAGUGCUGGUUUUUAAAGAGUUACUCUUCGCCUUGUACCGAGUAGUGUUUCCUCAACGUGCUUCAGUCAGCAACGACUUCAGUCUGUGGUUGAAACGAGUUAAGCAACGUUUGUUGGCUAACCCGGGUUAUCUGUAGUUUCAAUAGCCCUUAUCUGACAGUGUCAGGGCGUUUUAUGCAUAUAUGAACUUAUUUCACAAAUGACAAACAUUUGAGUAGAAAAGCUCCAGCUGGGCGUCUCGUGUGUAAGUCUUAGGUUAUUAUAUCUAACCUUAAAUAUGAUCACAAAUGGAUCUUAAUUUAGCACACCUUGUAUCAUAUAUGUUAACAUUAACGUUACCUUACUACUACUAUUGGAGUUAACGUUAGCUAAAGUUACUGCAUCAUCAUCGUCUUUCCCGACAUCAUUGGACUUCGCAGCCAUGAGGAAUCUUUGGACCAAAGCGGGUGUUUUCGGUUCCGUUUCUUUGGCUUUUGGUUCAAUGCUGUGGUCACAGAAGAAGACCGAAUCAGACCAGGUUGCUUCAAGUUGCUCCUCUGCUGAUGCAAAUCUCAGUUCGCCCUAUGAACUAAAAUUGGUCCAAGUCCUGUUCCGACAUGGUGCCAGAACACCGCUCAAGUCAAUACCUGAUGUGAUGGAGGUCCAGUGGGUGCCAACGCUCUUGGAGCCUCCAGCGCAUACCAAAAUCGACUAUGUAGUGACUGAUCUUCAUGGUGGCCCAAAGCCCCCGGCUCCUGUAGAAGACAGCUAUCGGAAAAACCAACUGACCGGUGGCACGUUCCCCGGUCAGCUGACCACAGUGGGCAUGCAGCAGCUGUAUGAGCUGGGCAAGAGGCUGAGGAGGAGAUACAUAGAGGAGAGUCCUUUUCUCAGCUCCACCUUUAACCCAGCUGAGGUCUAUGUGCGCUCCACUAACAUUGUGAGGACCAUUGAAUCUGCCAAGUGCCUGGUAGCAGGGCUCUUCCAGCAAAAACAAAUAGAAAUUGUGCCUAUAUUAACAACGGAGGCAGAAUCUGAAAUCCUGUAUCCUAACUACCACGGAUGCAAGCUGCUCAAAAUCCUUGGCAGCCACCGCUGGGCAGAGUCGUCCACUCUGCCAGACAUUGCAGCAGACCUGCAGAGCAUCCAACGUGCGUUGGGCAUCGCUGCUCACCAGCACAUCGACUUCAUCCUCAUUAGGGACGACAUGGUUGCCAGAGAGACUCAUGGCCUGCCCUGUCCAGCAGUGCUGGAUACCUGGAGGAAUAAAGUGGAACAGAGAGCUGUGGACAUGAUCUACCAUGUGUAUCAGCCCAGCAAGAGGGAGAACUUGCAGCUGUGUGUGGGACCCCUCCUGCACACAUUAUUAGUUAACAUUGAAGGGAAGCUACAGGACACCUCAUCAGAUCCAAACAGGAAGUUGUUUUUGUACUCUGCACAUGACACCACUUUGAUUCCCUGUCUGAUGGCUCUGGGGAUUUUUGACAUGAAGUGGCCACCGUACGCUGCCGAUAUCACUCUGGAGCUGCACCAGCACCGGCAGACCAGCAAGCCCUUUGUUAAAGUGUCAUACAUCGGCCAGGAUCAACUUAUACCAGGUUGUAGCGGAGUGUACUGCCCCCUGGAGGAGUUCAAACAGGCCCUCUCAGACUACUCACUGAGCUCUGAACUCUACCAGUCACUUUGUAACCACACAGAGGGUUUGGCCGAACCCUGAACCCUCAAAGCUUCACGUCUCAACACAGUGCUACCCAUGACAUUACACUCCUGACACUUACCACGCAUCAUGUUUUUUUUCACGUUCUCAUUCCAUCCAGCUUCCAUCCCUGUCAAUAUACCUCACUCUCAGACUACACCAGGGAAAAUUUUCUUGGGCACAAGUCCUGCAUCACAUCCUCUUUUGGAGAUCUUUUAGUUUACAUCAGACGUUAUUCCUCAUCUCCAUGUAACCAUGGCAAUAAAAUGGUUAAUAUAGUUUAAAGUUUACGUGCAGAAUGAUUUUACUAUAGAGUGUAUAUCUGAUAUGAGAUGCUUAGUGCAUAGGUGUCUGUUUGCAAGCACUUAAUCUUUUUUGCUUAAUGAUGAAGGUGGCGUUAGUCCAUGAUUUUCUUAUUGUCAACAAAUCCCAAUAGACUAAAACCAACAAUGUCUGCAUAUCUCUCAGUACCUUCAUAAAACAUUAAGAACAGGUGACAGAUGCAUAGUUUAAUUUUUUAAAAUUAAUUUCCUAAAAUUACAUGACACUAGUUUUAGCAAGCGAUAUUUGAACAGGAGUAAAUUGUAGAUUUGUCGGAAUAUUUUCAGCUGCAGUUUGAUACAUAUCUGCUAUUAAGGAACAUGUCACCCAGUUAAAUAGUGUGGCUCCUGUUUUGUGCUUUAGACAACAAUGGAGGUCUAUGGCACAGAGGAAUAAGUUAUAUCAGGCUUUGUCUACACGGGCAAUCAGUCAGUAGGAUAGAUUCAUUGUUGGUUUUGUUCUUUUUAGGACUUUUUGAAAAGAAAAAUGCAACAGUAUUAUUAGCCUUUUAAUUAUAAGUUCAAACAGUUGCUGAAAUCUAAUCUUAAUAUGGACAACCUAAAGGUUAACCAAUGUGACAUCAUCAAUGCCUGUAUCUGACUGCUGAUGCAAUUCUGCCAAUUAGGUUGUGUUUACAAUUAAUCAUUCAUAAUAGUUCAUUCCUCAGGGGAAUAUUAAGCACUUCAUGUACAGUAGCUAGUGGUUAUUAACAAAGGGGUGCAGAAAGUGUUCUUAAUGUGUAGGUGAAUGUCUUCAUAAAUGCAGAAAGGGAAUAAUUCUGCUCAAGUAUGUUUUAAGAGUGAAACAUUAGGUUGCCUUCUUGUGGGGAUUUGUUAUCAGACCGCAGUUUGAUGUAUGCAUGAAUACAUGCCCAUUAUUUUGACUUGAGUGUUAGUCUUAGCAAGCAUUGUACCUCAUCAGCGGGAGUUUCCCUGUGACCUGCUGUUUAAAAUGUAAAGGUUUGGUUUUGUGAGGCAUAAAUAAAGAUUUUGAUCAAUUUGAA